UACUGUCAUCGGUUUCCGCUUUCACUAUCGUUUAUAACCUCUAUUUAUUAUACAAAAUCGUCCGGCGCUGCAUGUUCGAACCAAAGUAUCUUAUUACAUCUACCCCAAUACCGCAGUUGAAAAAUUUCUCAAAUGCAAGAGUGAGAGUUCAUUUAGACAGGCAUGCUUUUUGUCAUUGUCUUGAUUGAGACUGUGGCAACACGCCUAUUUCGUUGUCUACGUCAUCUUGCGUUGCCUCCCGUUUUAGGUCCAACGCGGAUCUGCUGUUUGUUGUGCUUGUGGUUUCAGCGUUCAGACCGGCCGAAGAAUACAAUGCAAUACCUGCAAGUAAUUAUUAUCUCGUUGAAUGCCAAACAUUUCUUACACUUGCAUAAUUCCCGGUUCAGAGUUGUCAACGUACCCGGCUAAUUUUUCCGGCGGUGCAAAUGCUAUUGCUCCAGCGUGUUGAUUCACUUUUGGACAAUCCACUGACAUACGGGCCGGAGAGAACAUCUCUGUACAAAAACUCAUUGGAUACAGGGCUGGUGUAUCUAGGACCGUAGCAAGCACACAAUAUGGAGAGGACGAACAAAUAUGGAUGCAUGAGUCAACUAGAAUAUCUUAUAACAGGGCCUUAUUCAUCUUAUAAUUGGCGUACUGGGACUAAAACGAGAAAUAGAUAAGUAGUAGAUAAGAUAGAAUUUAACCAGGGGCCCAUGUUAGCAUGACAAGGGAGAAACGACUGCUCCAUCAAGGAGACUUCGCGAGGAGACGCCAUCGUCCCGAUGUGCUACUAUCAAGGGCCAUCCGUAUCUUCGAAUGUUGGUCUGACCACCACCUGAGCUAAAGCCUUUUCUAGCCAUCAGGCCGAAGGGAAAUCUGACUUCGGUGAGGUUGAGCUUACCUCUUGUGCAAGAGAAUAUUUCAGACUACACUUGUCUUCUAGGCUGGAAAGCGAUCGAGAUACAUAGAUCAUAAUGAGCUAAAGAACUAGAGCUUUCCAUUCGUCUGCCGCCUACAGGCAACUCAGAUCCUCACUGUUUCUUGGUUCAGGGUACCAAGCCUGACCUCAGAAUAACCACAGGCCCUGACACAUCGAUUUGAAAGUUAUUAAUCGCCCAACUCUAGGCUAAAAGCAGGCAAUUUGAAACCAACACUAACCUUGCUCUUCCUUUAGCGUCCUAAGAAAUAAUUACGACAGCCCGGCUUCCGAAGAUAUUUAAUUGCGGAAACAAAAAUUUAAUUUGUCCGGUGUUUCUGAUUUACACUCGGUGCUCAAGCAGUCAUUGAACCAAGUACGAUCAUUAGCGGUGAAUGUGCGGGCUAAAUUUUGGUAGGAAUGUGGUUGCAUACAGUUGGUGACCUAACUCAUGAAAUGUGUCGUAAUUUACGAAUGAUUGCCAAUCACUCGCAAACCAACGCCAUUUCAUGAGUCCUAUUUCUUUGUUAAUUAAGUACAAGUUUAAAAUAAUUAAAGGCAUAAAAGAAAUGUUAAAGGCAGUGCUGCGUUGCUUCGAAAUGCCAGUUUAUUUUGAAAAACGCUAUUUCUCGAAAACGUCAGAAAUGGCUCUAAUUAAGGAAAGUUCGUUUUUAGAUGUAUAUGAUGUAUUCUCAUACCAAAAACGUAGUAAAUAUGAAUGUAGACAUAAAAUAACGUCCAAUAACAGUGUUUUAGUGAAGUUUACAUCUAAAUAUCGUUUAAUAAGUAGUGUGAUAUCAUUUAUGAUGGUUUGUCAACUACCUACAUUCCGAAUGUAGAUUCCAAAACAGCUUUCCAAUGUUUCGUCUUUAAUUUUAUUUCUUUGAUGUAAAUGAGAUGGGGUUCAACAAGAGACGCUGGAUUUUGCUUGAGUUCGCCGAUGGGGACGUCGUAGGAACAACAGUUUUCAUAAGGUGACAUGCCAUGAGGUCGGUGGGUGCCUAAUAAAUUUAAAUAGAACUGACAGGCGUGAUCGUAAACAUACCAUUUUGUGUUUAUAGAGCGGAAUUUUCUUCCGUUAAAUUAAUGUACACUUCUCGUGCGUUUUCGAUCACGUUGAGUUUCAGAUGGGUCGCGAAAUGUUGCUGAAUACUUCAUGAUUUUUAGUGUUUUCACCGGAUCUUCCAUAAACACAGAUUCUGAAUCAUCUGCCUGUUGAAAACUUUAAAAUAAGAUUAUUCUUGAAGGCAUUUACCGAAUUAGUGAGUGUUCGGGCGCUGUUUUUCACGAAGAUGGUCGUUUGGGUCAUAUGUGAAGACUUAUUCAAAUAUCAACCUUCAUUUUCGAGAAAAAUGGCUGUGUACAACGAAAGUCACCAACGAAUAUGUCUUCGAUAAAUACGAAAACAUUCCUUAAUAAGUUACCUCUUUAAGAAGCACUCUGUUGACGGAUCUAUGUGUACUUUGCAUUUUUGCACGGCGAGGCCAAGUAAAAAUUUGACACUUUUGGCCGUUUCUUUCAUGUCCCUUAGAAAUACUAAUAUUUUUCUACCGUGAACGUAAGAACACGCCUUUUUCUAUAUAUUGAGGCCAUUUCCGCUGUUUUUGCUCGCUUUUAGACUCCGUUCUUCGAUAAUGAAUGCACGGCAGAGUGCCCAUAUAAAUACUGAUAUUUUGCUGGAACUAUAAAUGUUUUGCUCGUCUGACUUUUGAAUAAGAUAUACACAGAAGCUAAACUACACGAAAAGUAGUGCUUCAUAUGUUUAAGGCUGGAAAUGACCAUUACGUGGUGGUCAUCUAUGUGACAUCAGGUAGAAUUUUCCAAACGGCAAAACAAUUUCAGCCCACUUAAACGAGGGAAUCCCUAUCUGCGUUAUUACUACACUUUUGUGGACCAGAUCCCACAGAUCUGCUAAUUUGACAUUUAGGAAUUGAUAAAACCUCUAGUUUUCUUAAGUGACCUUUGUCUUAGCAGAUUGAUUAUCAUGGUUAACAUCGGACAUAACAUAAAUUUUCCAGUUCAGCUUAAUCUGUUUAUUAAAACGCUCGGGGGUAAAUUACUAUCCUCUCAAUGAAAAAGUCCCUCAAAUAAGUAACCGGAGUCUAGGACAUGUAUUAGCAUAUGAAAUUGCCCGAAUAUAUUCCAACGUCCAUUUUCGCUAAAAUCUACUGAUAUUUUACUUUAUAUAAUUACUUAAACACAAUUUCUGCACAAGAAAAGGACAUUUUAUUGAAGGAAGUAGAUGAGCGAACAAAAUCCUCAACGUUAAAGGCGCCCAGAAAUUCUCUCAUCAGAUUCGGUUAUCAGAUUUCAUGAGAUAGGUCACGCACUGUUUGUACGAUUAUUGUAUAAUAAUUCAAAUACUUUGGGAUGUUAGCUAUUGGAUGAAUAUUUUCCGCCUUUAUCGCGUCUUCACGUUUGCAGGGCGCACGUUUGUUCCGUUUUUCCUCAAUGCUGCUCAACUGGUUCUUAGAAAGCAGCGAAAUAACAAGUUUUAACCCCAUUUUUCUUUUAUCAAGGCUUGCUGUUCGUGGUUUUGUAGGUUGUUGCAGCAUUACGACUGCAUGGAGGCGGUCUUCAGUGACUCUCAGUCAGCCGAAGGCACUUUUGUGGACCAGUCUUGUCCAUCAACGGUCUCCAGCCAUCUUCAGCCUGAAUCUUAUAAAUGCCACACGUGUUCCUCCCGCAAUAUCAAUCCUGCCCUGCUAGAGAAACUGCGGGUCAAUAUGCAGCAGCGUCUGUCGGCAAAUCUUUUGUCUGGUUUGGAGCAGGGGGAUCUUCAAGCUACAUCGACUUCCCCAUGUAGUAUGAGUAGUGCUCAGGUUUUGGCCAAUGCUACUGAUAGAGCGCGCCAGCUAGGCCUUAUUGUGGAUUCCAACCCUGUGGCUUCGGACAGACUUCAUACAGACGUUGGCGGAAUGCAUUCCACCUGCAGUAAAUCGGUAGGAGCUUUCUAUUGA